GUAGACUAACCGACCAACCAAACAAGCCAUGUCCCAAGCAACAAUAAAAUCCUUCUUCAAAUCCCCUCACUUUGCCGUCGUAGGUGCAACCCCGGACCCUAACAAAUAUGGUCACAAAGGUUUCCUCUCCAUCCUCCCCCUCCCCCUCUGCCUCCAUCCUCCCAUACUAACCCUGCCAAGUAUUCGCCUGGUACCUGUCCCACUCCCUCCCGGUAACCGGCAUAAACCCGCGCACCCCUACAGUCCUGACCCACGAAACCCUGGCCUCGCUCAAAGACCUGGCGGACCCGAAAGGAACCUCGGUGAGCUUCAUAACCCCACCGCAGGUGACUCGGGCAACACUGGAUGUCGCAGCGGAGAUCGGGAUUCCUGCUGUCUGGUUCCAGCCUGGGGCAUAUGAUGGGGAGUGUGUGGCCUUCGCGAAGGAGAAGGGGAUGGUGGUCGUCGCGCGGGGGAAGUGUGUAUUGGUGGAUGGGGGGGUAGGGGUUGAGGCGAGGGGGAAGCUGUAAGCAGGGGC